GGUGGUGCUGCCGCUCCGGCCUGCGCGAGGCGCGCCUGGUCCCUCCCUGAGCAGGCGGCGGAGCGCGGGGCGGGGCCUGGCGGGGAGGGUGGAGGCCCGUGGGGCAGGGGCGGGGCCGGCCUCUGGCUCCUUCUUCCUCCGCAUGUGCCUGGCGGCGGCAGAGCAGUUGGGUUCGCGCUCUGCUCGCCCGCCGCGUCUCCUCAGGGCUCUUGGGGCUUCCCGGGAGCCAUGUCGGUCUCCGAGAACAACCGGGCGGCGUCCUCCCUGCCCAACGGCGACUGCGGCCGCCCCAGGACGCAGCCCGGGGGGAACCGAGUGACGGUGGUGCUGGGUGCGCAGUGGGGCGACGAAGGCAAGGGGAAGGUGGUGGAUCUGCUGGCGCAGGACGCCGACAUCGUGUGCCGCUGCCAGGGAGGAAAUAAUGCUGGCCAUACAGUUGUUGUAGAUUCUGUGGAAUAUGACUUUCAUCUUUUACCCAGUGGAAUAAUUAACCCAAAUGUUACUGCCUUCAUUGGAAAUGGAGUGGUAAUUCAUCUACCUGGAUUGUUUGAAGAAGCAGAGAAAAAUGUUCAAAAGGGAAAAGGUCUAGAUGGCUGGGAGAAAAGGCUUAUCAUAUCGGACAGAGCUCACAUUGUAUUUGAUUUCCAUCAAGCAGCUGACGGUAUCCAGGAGCAGCAGAGACAAGAACAAGCAGGAAAAAAUUUGGGUACCACAAAAAAGGGCAUUGGCCCAGUAUAUUCCUCCAAAGCUGCUCGGAGUGGACUUCGGAUGUGUGAUCUUGUUUCUGACUUUGAUGGCUUCUCUGAAAGGUUCAAAGUUCUAGCUAACCAGUACAAAUCUAUAUAUCCUACUUUGGAAAUAGACAUUGAAGGUGAAUUACAGAAACUCAAGGGUUAUAUGGAAAGGAUUAAACCGAUGGUGAGAGAUGGAGUUUAUUUCCUAUAUGAGGCCCUACAUGGACCACCAAAGAAAAUUUUGGUAGAAGGUGCAAAUGCAGCAUUAUUAGAUAUUGAUUUUGGGACUUACCCUUUUGUAACCUCUUCAAACUGUACUGUUGGAGGUGUUUGUACAGGUUUGGGUAUGCCCCCUCAAAAUGUUGGAGAAGUGUAUGGAGUUGUGAAAGCUUACACCACCAGGGUUGGUAUUGGUGCCUUUCCUACAGAGCAAGACAAUGAAAUUGGAGAAUUGCUACAAACAAGGGGUAGAGAAUUUGGUGUAACUACUGGGAGGAAAAGAAGAUGUGGCUGGCUAGACCUCGUUCUACUGAAAUAUGCUCAUAUGAUCAAUGGAUUUACAGCGUUGGCCCUUACCAAGUUGGACAUUCUGGACAUGUUUACAGAAAUCAAAGUUGGAGUGGCUUACAAAUUAGAUGGUGAAAUCAUACCUCACUUUCCAGCAAACCAAGAAGUCUUAAAUAAAGUGGAAGUUCAGUAUAAGACUCUCCCAGGGUGGACCACAGAUAUAUCAAAUGCAAGGACAUUUAAAGAGCUGCCUAUCAAUGCACAAAAUUACGUUCGCUUUAUUGAAGAUGAGCUUCAAAUUCCAGUUAAAUGGAUUGGCGUAGGGAAAUCCAGAGAGUCUAUGAUUCAGCUCUUCUAAGGAUUACCAGCGACACAUGAAACACUUCUGGAGAGGGAGGGAAGAACUUUCUUAAACAUUUCUCUAUGACCUGCACAUACAAGAAUAAAGACAUUGAAGUGAGUUUUAAGCUGGCAUUUAUUUGAAGUCUCUGGCGGAUGGCUAUGGUGGAAAUGGGCUGCAUACCCCGCGCCAGUGCUGCUCAGCUGGCAUGACCCAGAAUCGUUUGUUGCUCCUGCUGCUCAUGAUGCCACAGUCUUUUCCCAUGUUUAGGAGUAGUAUAAUCCCUGUUUGACAUAGAGAAUACUUUCAGUGUAGUUUUCUUCAUUUUCUGUGUUGUUUCUUAGUUUUAACCCCUUCAGAUGGUGAGAACAAUCACUGCAGUUUUGCACAAACAUUUACAUUCUAAUUAUUCAGUUCUGUCAUUGUAAUCUUUGCUGUUAGAACAAAAUGAUGAAAACAUAGGGGUUCUGUAUACUUUUGUAAUGCUAUGCAUUCUGUUUAAAUUGUGGACUGUUUAUUUUCUGCUGAGCUUUGGCUGUGGGGAGGAGGGAGUAUGUUUAUGGGCCCUUCAAUUUGUACAGAAUACAGAUUUUAGUUCUCUCUACAAAUUAUUUAAUACAAUGAACAUUUAAUUCAGUGUUCAAGAAAAAAGAUGUUCCCUAUAAUCUUAAUGUUAAAUAGUUAUUAAAAAAUCUGUUGAUAUUUGGUGGAUAUUUUACUUUAUUUUCAGACAUCAUGUGUAUCUUUCCUUUAAAAAACAAAACAUACUAUUCUGAGUUCAUUGGGUUGGGUUUUGACAUUGUGCCUGCCAGUGUACCUACAUGAACCCACAUUGUUAAUCAUAAUCUUGAUCAUGCCGUCAUCCCUCCUUUUUUUUAAAAAACAAAGGUAUUGUUUUGACGUUAGACUUAGCAUUGUGCUGUAGGUCAUCCCUCCAUGAAUUAGUAAAUGUUUAAAUUAGGUGCCACUUGAAUUUAUUUUAUUAUACCAUCAGUAGCUGAUUAAAAAGAACCAAAUAUUUCCAGUA